ACUCCUUCCGGUGGCAUGGCAGCUCUCAAGCGAAAGAGUGAACCUUUCGCUGACAGCGAAGAAGCUUGGGAAAAGAAGCCAAAAGCUAUGUCGAUGUCUUUCAAAAAGUGGGGAGUUGAAGAAGUGUGUGAUUUCCUCACGCAGAAUGAGUUGGAUGCAGUUAUACCGUUGUUCAAAGCUGAAGCAAUAUCCGGUUCAGUCCUUCCUGACCUAACAGAAGAACAGCUGGCAAAAAUAGGAGUGGCCUGUUUGGGAACAAGACUUACAAUACUUCAAAUUAUCAAGCACUUACAAGGCAAAAGAGAGGAAGAAGAAGCCCAAUCUAAUGGCUUUGGUACUUCCCUACACCUUCAUUUAAAG